AGGGAAGAUGAUACAAAAAUUAGUUGUAGUUGUCAUAGCGACACUGCUAUGUGUUACCAUGACAACUGAUGCAGCCACACCUCUGCGGGAUUUAGCAAAAGCUCACAAUCGUUUCUCGAUACAUAUCUAUGAAAAACUGAAGACCAUGACUGAUGAAAAUGUAUUCUUUGGACCUAUAAGUAUUACAACUGCCCUGGCUAUAGCAAUGAUGGGUACAAGUCCACAGGCUGAACAGGAAAUGAUUUCUGCCAUGGGUCUCACAAAAUUUGUGAAAAAUGAUCCAAACAUACUACAUGAGACAUUUAGAGAACUGGCUGGAAAAUUGUUUAAAAUAACUGAAAAUUGCACCCUCCUCUCAGCCAAUGGGAUCUUUGCUGAGGAGACACACCCUUUCAUCCAAGAGUUUCUUGACGAUGUUCAAACUAACUACGAUGCGGAAAUUGAUGAAGUUGACUUCAAGAAUGCAUUUGAAGAUGUCAGAGAGGCUAUUAAUGAAUGGGUUAUGGACAAUACAAAUGACAAAAUCAAGAAUUUGAUUCCACAAGGUGCACUCAAUGCUGCAACAGUCAUGGUAAUAGUGAAUGCAAUCUACUUUAAAGGACUUUGGAAGAUUCCUUUUCUCCCAGAGGACACACAACCAACAGAUUUCUAUACAAAACCCAUGGAGAAGAUCUGUGCAGAUAUGAUGUUUAAGAAAUCAGACAAAUACAGUUAUGGUGAAAGCAGAAAGUUUGAUAGCAAAGUGCUUAAACUACCAUAUGACUGCCAGGAAAAGGACCGCAAACUGAGCAUGUAUGUUAUCCUUCCAAACAAACGGUUUGGCAUCACAGAUCUUGAAAAUGAAAUUGUGAAUGACUAUAACAAAUUUGGACAUUUAUUCAAUGGCCUGGAAGAGAAAGAAGUCAGUGUUUGGCUUCCAAAAUUUUCCUUCACUCAUGAAUUUGACCUGACAGCAAUCCUGAAGUCUCUUGGAAUGAAUGCCAUAUUCAACAAAGGUUCUCUGACACGUAUGAGCAAUGAUACAGACCUAGAAGUGACAAGCAUCCUACAUAAAGCUUUUGUGGAGGUCAAUGAGGAAGGUACAGAGGCAGCAGCAGCAACAGCCAUUGUUGUUGGAGUGACAUCUAUACAAUUUCCAAUUGAGUUUAGAGCAGAUCAUCCAUUCUUGUUUGUAAUACGCGAUGAUGUCACUAAAGCCAUAUUGUUCAUGGGUCGUGUGAUGGAACCUACAGAAUGUAGUAAGGAUGUUACUACACAAGUGCCAACCACUCCAUUCAUCUCCACAACCAUUCCUACUACAACCCCAGGUGGCUGUGUGCCUGGUGAAACCAUAGAAGAAGGAAAGCAAGUUCAGCCUGAUGGCAAAGUCUGGUGUUAUGGAACAUAUUGUGAAAAUGGGGAGCUGUUUGCUUGGGAUAACUUUGACUGUGGACCUACCACUGAACCACCAAUGACAACUGUACCUACAACUGAACCUACAACCGAACCAAAAACAGAACCAACAACUAAAGCUACAACUGAACCUACGAUGGAACCAACAAUUGAACCUACCACUGAAUCUAUGACUACACCCAAAGUUCCAAAAACAGCAUGUAUUGAGAAUGGAGUUAUCUACAUGAACAAAGAAAGUGUUCCACCAAGGAACACAUGUGAGAAGAAAUGCAGGAAGAUGAUACAAAAGUUAGUAUUAGGAGUCUUGGCAACACUACUAUGUGUAACCAUGACAAUUGAAGCAGCAACCCCUCUACAAGAUUUAGCAAAAGCCCACAAUCGUUUCUCAUUGGACAUCUAUGAGAAACUGAAGACCAUGACUGAUGAAAAUGUAUUCUUUGGACCUAUAAGUAUUACAACUGCCUUGGCAAUAGCAAUGUUGGGUACAAGUCACGAGGCUGAACAGGAAAUGAUCUCUGCAAUGAGUCUCACAAAAUUUGUGAAAAAUGAUCCAAACAUACUACAUGAGACAUUUAGAGAACUGGCUGGAAAACUGUUUAAAAUAACUGAAAAUUGCACCCUCCUCUCGGCCAAUGGGAUCAUGGUGAUUGUGAAUGCAAUCUACUUUAAAGGACUUUGGAAGAUUCCUUUCCUCCCAGAGGACACACAACCAACAGAUUUCUACACUAAACCCAUGGAGAAGAUCUGUGCAGAUAUGAUGUUUAAGAAAUCAGACAAAUACAGUUAUGGUGAAAGCAGAAAGUUUGAUAGCAAAGUGCUUAAACUACCAUAUGACUGCCAGGAAAAGGACCGCAAAUUGAGCAUGUAUGUUAUCCUACCAAACAAAAGGUUUGGCAUCACAGAUCUUGAAAAUGAAAUUGUGAAUGACUAUAACAAGUUUGGACAUUUAUUCAAUGGCCUGGAAGAGAAGGAAGUCAGUGUUUGGCUUCCAAAAUUUUCCUUCACUUAUGAAUUUGAACUGACAGCAAUCCUGAAGUCUCUUGGAAUGAAUGCCAUAUUCAACAAAGGUUCUCUGACAUGCAUGAGCAAUGAUACAGACCUACAAGUGACAAGUAUCCUACAUAAAGCUUUUGUGGAGGUCAAUGAGGAAGGUACAGAGGCAGCAGCUGCAACAGCUAUAAUUAUUGGAGUGACAUCUAUACAAUUUCCAAUUGAGUUUAGAGCAGACCAUCCAUUCUUGUUUGUAAUACGCGAUGAUGUCACUAAAGCCAUAUUGUUCAUGGGUCGUGUGAUGCAACCAACAGAAUGCAGUGGGGGUGUUACUACCAAAGUGCCAACCACUCCAGUCAUCUCCACAACCAUUCCUACUACACCACCAGGUGGCUGUGUGCCUGGUGAAACCAUAGAAGAAGGAAAGGACAUUCAGCCUGAUGGCAAAGUCUGGUGCUAUGGAACAUAUUGUGAAAAUGGGGAGCUAUUUGCUUGGGAUAACUUUGACUGUGGACCUACCACUGAACCACCAAUGACAACUGGACCUACAACUGAACCAAAAACAGAACCAACUAAAGCUACAACUGAACCUACAAUGCAACCAACAACAGAACCUACCACUGAAUCUAUGACUACACCCAAAGUUCCAAAAACAGCAUGUAUUGAGAAUGGAGUUAUCUACAUGAACAAAGAAAGUGUUCCACCAAGGAACACAUGUGAGAAGAAAUGCAGGAAGAUGAUACAAAAGUUAGUAUUAGGAGUCUUGGCAACACUACUAUGUGUAACCAUGACAAUUGAAGCAGCAACCCCUCUACAAGAUUUAGCAAAAGCCCACAAUCGUUUCUCAUUGGACAUCUAUGAGAAACUGAAGACCAUGACUGAUGAAAAUGUAUUCUUUGGGCCUAUAAGUAUUACAACUGCCUUGGCAAUAGCAAUGUUGGGUACAAGUCACGAGGCUGAACAGGAAAUGAUCUCUGCAAUGAGUCUCACAAAAUUUGUGAAAAAUGAUCCAAACAUACUACAUGAGACAUUUAGAGAACUGGCUGGAAAAUUGUUUAAAAUAACUGAAAAUUGCACCCUCCUCUCAGCCAAUGGGAUCUUUGCUGAGCAGACACACCCUUUCAUCCAAAAGUUUCUUGACGAUGUUCAAACUAACUACGAUGCGGAAAUUGAUGAAGUUGACUUCAAGAAUGCAUUUGAAGAUGUCAGAGAGGCUAUUAAUGAAUGGGUUAUGGACAAUACAAAUGACAAAAUUAAGAAUUUGAUUCCACAAGGUGCACUUGAUGCUGCAACAGUCAUGGUGAUUGUGAAUGCAAUCUACUUUAAAGGACUUUGGAAGAUUCCUUUCCUCCCAGAGGACACACAACCAACAGAUUUCUACACUAAACCCAUGGAGAAGAUCUGUGCAGAUAUGAUGUUUAAGAAAUCAGACAAAUACAGUUAUGGUGAAAGCAGAAAGUUUGAUAGCAAAGUGCUUAAACUACCAUAUGACUGCCAGGAAAAGGACCGCAAAUUGAGCAUGUAUGUUAUCCUACCAAACAAAAGGUUUGGCAUCACAGAUCUUGAAAAUGAAAUUGUGAAUGACUAUAACAAGUUUGGACAUUUAUUCAAUGGCCUGGAAGAGAAGGAAGUCAGUGUUUGGCUUCCAAAAUUUUCCUUCACUUAUGAAUUUGAACUGACAGCAAUCCUGAAGUCUCUUGGAAUGAAUGCCAUAUUCAACAAAGGUUCUCUGACAUGCAUGAGCAAUGAUACAGACCUACAAGUGACAAGUAUCCUACAUAAAGCUUUUGUGGAGGUCAAUGAGGAAGGUACAGAGGCAGCAGCUGCAACAGCUAUAAUUAUUGGAGUGACAUCUAUACAAUUUCCAAUUGAGUUUAGAGCAGAUCAUCCAUUCUUGUUUGUUAUACGCGAUGAUGUCACUAAAGCCAUAUUGUUCAUGGGUCGUGUGAUGCAACCAACAGAAUGUAGUAAGGAUGUUACUACACAAGUGCCAACCACUCUAGCCAUCUCCACAACCAUUCCUACUACAACCCAAGGUGGAUGUGUGCCUGGUGAAACCAUAGAAGAAGGAAGGGACAUUCAGCCUGAUGGCAAAGUCUGGUGCUAUGGAACAUAUUGUGAAAAUGGGGAGCUAUUUGCUUGGGAUAACUUUGACUGUGGACCUACCACUGAACCACCAAUGACAACUGUACCUACAACUGAACCUACAACCGAACCAAAAACAGAACCAUCAACUAAAGCUACAACUGAACCUACGAUGGAACCAACAAUUGAACCUACCACUGAAUCUAUGACUACACCCAAAGUUCCAAAAACAGGGAAGAUGAUACAAAAGUUACUAUUAGGAGUCUUGGCAACACUACUAUAUGUUACCAUGACAACUGAAGCAGCAACCCCUCUACAAGAUUUAGCAAAAGCCCACAAUCGUUUUUCAUUGGACAUCUAUGAGAAACUGAGGACCAUGACUGAUGAAAAUGUAUUCUUUGGACCCAUAAGUAUCACAACUGCCUUGGCUAUAGCAAUGUUGGGUACAAGUCCUAAAGCUGAAAAGGAAAUGAUCUCUGCCAUGAGGCUCACAGCUUUUGUAGGAAAUCAUCCAAACCAGUUACAUCAGACAUUUAGAGAAUUCACUGAAAGAUUGUUUAAAACAACCGACAAUUGCACCCUCCUCUCAGCCAAUGGGAUCUUUGCUGAGCAGACACACCCUUUUAUCCUACAGUUUCUUGACGAUGUUCAAACCUACUAUGAUGCGGAAAUUGAUGAAGUUGAUUUCAUGAAUGCAUAUGCAGAAGUCAGAGAGGUUAUUAAUGAAUGGGUUAUGAACAAUACAAAUGACAGAAUUGAGAAUUUGAUUCCACAAGGUGCACUUGAUGCUGCAACAGUCAUGGUGAUUGUGAAUGCAAUCUACUUUAAAGGACUCUGGAAGAUGCCUUUCUUCCCAGAGGAUACAGAACCAACAGAUUUCUAUGUUAGUUCCACAAAGACGAUUCGUGUCAAUAUGAUGUUUAACAGAACAAAUGAAUUUGAAUAUGGAGAGAAUGAGAUGUUUGACAGCAAAGUACUAAAACUACCGUAUGACUGUCAGGAAAAGGAUCGCAAACUGAGCAUGUAUGUUAUCCUCCCAAACAAAAAGUUUGGCAUCACAGAUCUUGAAGAUGAAAUUACAAAUAACUACAACAAUGUUGAUAAUCUACUGUUUGGUUUGAGGAAACAAAAGGUUAAAGUCUGGCUUCCAAAAUUUUGCUUCACUCAUGCAUUUGAACUGACCAAGAUCCUGAAGUCUCUUGGAAUGUAUGCUAUAUUCAAUACAGGUUCUCUGACGCGGAUGAGCAAUGAUACCAGCCUACUAGUCACCGAUGUCAUACACAAAGCUUUUGUGGAAGUCAAUGAAGAAGGUACAGAAGCAGCAGCUGCAACAGCUAUUCUCAUUAAAUUGACAGCAAUCCUGCGCCCCAUUGAGUUUAAGGCAGACCAUCCAUUCUUGUUUGUUAUACGCGAUGAUGUCACUAAAGCCAUAUUGUUCAUGGGUCGUGUGAUGCAACCAACAGAAUGUAGUAAGGAUGGUACUACCCAAGUGCCAAUGACUCCAGUCAUCUCCACAACCAUUCCUACUACACCACCAGGUGGAUGUGUGCCCGGUGAGACGCUGAGUGAAGGAAAGGACAUUCAGCCUGAUGGCAAAGUCUGGUGCUAUGGAUCAUAUUGUGAUGAUAAUGGGGAGAUUAUUCAUUGGGAUGACUGGGACUGUGAACCUACCGAGACUACAACAGUACCCUCAAAGACAACUGAACCUACAUCUAAACUCAUGUCAGCUGCUCCUGUACAAGAUUUAGCAAAAGCCCACAAUCAAUUCUCAUUGGACAUCUAUGAUAAGCUGAAGACAAUGACUAAUAAAAAUGUAUUCUUUGGACCAAUAAGUAUCACAACUGCCUUGGCAAUAGCAAUGUUGGGUACAAGUCCUGAAGCUAAGGAGGAAAUGAUCUCUGCCAUGAGGCUCACAGAUUUUGUACAAAAUUAUCCAAACCAGCUACAUCAGACAUUUAAAGAACUAACUGAAAGAAUGUUUAAAACAACCGACAAUUGCACCCUCCUCUCAGCCAAUGGGAUCUUUGUUGAGCAGACGCACACUUUUAUCCCACAGUUUCUUGACAAUGUUCAAGCCUACUAUGAUGCAAAGAUCGAUGAAGUUGACUUCAUGAACAAAUUUGAAGUGGUCAGGAGGGCCAUUAAUGCAUGGGUUAUGGCCAACACAAAUAACAGAAUUGGGAAUUUGAUUCCACAAGGUGCACUCGAUGCUGCAACAGUCAUGGUAAUAGUGAAUGCAAUCUACUUUAAAGGACUUUGGAAGAUGCCUUUCUUCCCAGAGGAUACACAACCAACAGAUUUCUAUGUUAGUCCCACAAAGACGAUUUGUGUCGAUAUGAUGUUUAACAGAACAAAUGAAUUUGAAUAUGGAGAGAAUGAGAUGUUUGACAGCAAAGUGCUUAAACUACCGUAUGGCUGUCAGGAAAAGGAUUGCAAACUGAGCAUGUAUGUUAUCCUACCAAACAAAAAGUUUGGCAUCGCAGAUCUUGAAGCCAAAAUUUCAAAAAACUACAACAAUGUUGAUAAUCUACUGUCUGGUUUGAGAGAACAAAAGGUUAAAGUCUGGCUUCCAAAAUUUUCCUUCACUCAUGAAUUCGAACUGACAGCUAUCUUGAAGUCUCUUGGAAUGAAUGCCAUAUUCAGCAGAGGUUCUCUGACGCGGAUGAGCAAUGAUACCAGCCUACUAGUCACUGAUGUCAUACACAAAGCUUUUGUGGAAGUCAAUGAAGAAGGUAUGGAAGCAGCAGCUGCAACAGCUAUUCUCAUUAAAUUGACAGCAAUCCUGCGCCCCAUUGAGUUUAGAGCAGACCAUCCAUUCUUGUUUGUGAUACGCGAUGAUAUCACUAAAACCAUAUUGUUCAUGGGUCGUGUGAUGCAACCAACAGAAUGUAGUAAGGAUGUUACUACCCAAGUGCCAACGACUCCAGUCAUCUCCACAACCAUUCCUACUACACCACCAGGUGGAUGUGUGCCUGGUGAGACGCUGAGUGAAGGAAAGCAAGUUCAGCCUGAUGGCAAAGUCUGGUGCUAUGGAUCAUAUUGUGAUGAUAAUGGGGAGAUUAUUCAUUGGGAUGACUGGGACUGUGAACCUACCGAGACUACAACAGUACCCCCAAAGACAACUGAACCUACAUCUAACCUCAUGUCAGGUAUUUUAUUUUAA